UAUUCCGGUCGGGACCGCUCCUGAAGGCCUAAUCAAUCAAUCAGCCUCAUUAACCUGCUGGUCCGGACUCGCUCGCUUCGUGACCUGUGGCCUAAUUGAUUGUUAACUCGGCUUUAUUGGUUUGGCGUUUGCUAUGGAUGAAGACCGUGAUGUACCCGAAGACUUUGGCUGUCCGAGCCUGUUGUGUGAAGAGCUGGAAGAUUUGGAAACAAAGAACAGCAAAGAGACGACCAGGAGAGACGAGGAAGUGUCUGAUCAGGGGGAUAAUGAAGAGACAAGAGAGGAGGCGGUGCACGGAGAUACGAAGGAAGAGGAGAAAAAAGCUAUUCAAGUUGCUUUAUCAGAGAUGGAGCUGACUGUGAUGGAGGAGCGAUUGGAGGAGUCGCAGGAUGUGCAGCAGAUAGAGGGGACAGAGGAGGAAACGAACGCCAAUAAACAAAAGGCUAAAGUAGCAAAAGGUUCAGCAAAGAAAAGCGAGCAGAAGAAGAGCAGGAAGAGACGAGGGAAGAAGCAGAGCGACCAGGUGAGGAGCAGGCGAGCAGUGAAGGACACCUCUGCUAAGCUGGAGGAGGAGAAGGAAAGUCAGGUCCAGGAGAUGCCAGCGAUGAGCCCUGAGGAGAACUUGGCUCUGCUGGAGCCCUCCGUCAGCCUGUUGAGCAACUGCGACUUGUCUGACUCGGUCUACCUGGGCUUGGAGGGGACGGGGGUGUUUUGUCCACCGGUUCCAGUUCCCCUGCUGUACUCACAGCCUCCGGUCCAGAUCCAGCCUGAACCUCCUCAGUCCCACGGGACAAAACGAGCUCACAGUCCCCCGCAGUGUCACAGCCUCCCCCCGCAGACCUCACAGACUCUGGAGGUGGAGAUAACUCCGGUCUACUCCACUCGGCGCUCCGUCCGGCACAACAACAACAGAGGUCGGAGUCGGGCCCGGAGCAUUCCUCCCCUCCCAGAGUUGGAAAACUUGGACGGCUGCCCGCUGCCUCCGGCGCCGAAGAAAACACGGACCCUCUACAGCGCAGAUCAGCUAGCGCAUUUAGAGGCACUGUUCCAGGAGGAUCACUAUCCCGAUGCAGAGAAGAGGAAAGUCAUCGCCGCAGCCGUCGGUGUCACCCCUCAGAGGAUCAUGGUGUGGUUUCAGAACCGCAGAGCAAAGUGGAGGAAAGCGCGCUCCGUCACAGGAAAGGCCGAGCCUUCGCAGAGCAGCAUCAAUCCUAAUCACAAUAUCAAUCCCAGCAUGACCGUGUUGGCAGCCAACAGGAAGGAAGUUCCUGUUUUUUCCAGUCACUUUGCUGCUGCUCUACCUCAGCUAGCCCCGACGGCCCCGUUCCCCACCCAGACCCCGCCCUCCCUCAGCAGCCUCCUGGACAGCCUCAACAGCCCAGAUCAGUGCAGAGGGAGAGAUGUGGGUCAGCACCAGCCCUCUGCUCAGGGGGGGUUACCAGAGUACCAUCCUCGUCCCAUGCGCAGCCCCCCUCCUCUGCGACGAGCCAGCCUCCCACUUUUCACCUCCUCGUACAACACGGUCGGCACCAACCUACCUCUCCUCAACACCACAGGCCACACCCCGCCUCUCUUCCUAGAUGCUCUGGAGGGCGGCUCCUCCUCGGGCCACUGUGACACCCAGACUUUGCAGACUGACACCAGUUCCCUUUUUGACUUUGCUGAGAAGCUCAGCUACCCGACCUCCAGCCAGCAGAGCAGCUCUUUGUACCAGGGCCAGAGCUCGUACCCGACCAGGCAGCAGCAGCAGCAGCCUCAGACCUCUGUGCCCCACAUGGCCUACCUCACCCUGUCCCCCUACCUCACACCUAACCCUCCUGACUCCAAUCCCACCUCCUACCUGACCUUUGGCCCUGGAGGAAACUCCAGCGGGGUGGUGACCUACUCCACUAUGGGUCACUCCUAUUUACCGCCUCAGAACUCGGGACAAAUCCUGCUGCAGCCAGCUGCUCACAACAGUGGGAUAACGGCAUUCCCAUCAUAUCCAUGGAAUAACCUGUACAACCAGCCAGCCACACUCCAGCGAGCUCAGCAUCCCUCUGCCUACCCUCCCAGUAUGGGAUCGGCUCCUGACCACCAGAUUCCCACCACCUCCGGCCUGCCUCAGCAUUCCUUCUUCCCGCUGGUGGAUCAUGGGUCGAGCUUCCAGCAUUCCUCAUGCACUCAGACCCAAACAGACAACGCCGCCCUCCAACCUGUGUCCUCCCUACGGCUUCCUCAUCUCAGAGGAGAGAUUACCCCCAACAAGGCUUCUUCAUCGCUGCUCUCCUCUCAGGUUAGCUCUCCGUCUCCAGAAAGCCCCAUAGCGCCAUCUUGUGUUAAAAUGGAUUCUGACAGCCCGAGAGAGAUUCAUAGCCACUUCCACUGUGAUUUCUCCCCCAUACACUUUUGAGUUUAAGUUAUUGUGUGUGCGUGUGUGUGUGUGAGAAAGUUGCUGCUUGUGUUAACAGAAUGUUUACAGUGGAAGUGUUACCACAACAAGGCUUUGUUGGGCUGGGUGGAGCUCCCCUCUAAUAAAACGUUCAUCGCUCUGUUAAA